GUUCAAGGCUGGCACAGGAAGGCGGCGUCCUGCGGCUUCCUGCUGGUCCCCGUGCUGGAUGACCCCUUCGCUCUGACCUCCUACCUGUACGGGGACCCUCUGAGGGCCCAGCUCUUCAUCCCUCUGAACAUCCACUGUCUGCUGAAGAACCCCAACGACAACCUGUUUGAAGGCUUUGAACCGGAGACGUACUGGGACAGGAUGCAGCUGUUCCAGGAGGCCAUCCUGUACAGGUGGAGGCUUUGUGUCUUUAAUCGUCAUUUAUGUGUAUGUGCAGGCACACCCCUCCCUACACGCAGAGCAUGCAGAAUGCGUGGGGGCCUCACCUCGCGGAGGGGGCCUUACCUCGCUGAGGGGGCCUCACCUCGCGGAGGGGGCCUCAUCUGAAGCGCAAAUGCGGCGCAAUUAAGCGCGCAACAGAUUCGCCGCUGCAAGGCUCCGGCGUUCGCAGUUCACGCGCUUGCCCACCAGCUUUGAGAACACUUUAAUGAUCUAUAAUUAUAACAUAAUAUCAUAUAUAUUAUUCUGAAAUGGACCA